GCGCAAAGUUCAUCCAAGUGGAACCUGCCACACACCCCCUAAGCCGCGCUUAUCUGGUUUUAAACGGCCAUGGAGUCCCUAGCCACCAGUACAACGCAGCUCCCCCCGCCGGAAGCUGCAGGAAAGAUGAAAAGCUAUCAGACAAUGAAGAAAAUGGCUUCAAAUGUACCUAGAUUUCAUCAUUUCAAUUCUUCAUCCCCUUCAACUCUCAUAACCCCUCACCAAAACUCCGAAUAACUCGAGAUGAUCCUUCCAGCCAUUAAUCACCACAUUCAUAGCUCCAAUCUUCUCUGCUCCCGCAGUCUCUCCACCCUCUCCGGCCACCGCCGCAUUCCUCUCCCCACCACUCCUUUCCAGUUCCAACGCCAUCAAGCCGAUGAAGAGAACCCCUACGACUUAAUUCGCGAGGAUCCUAUACAAGUCUGCUCCGAUCUCUGGGUCCGCUCCUUCUCCCGCUCCCACCUCCAGCCCUCUUUUACCAACCUCACCGGCUUCCUAAAAAAGUUCGAUCUCUGGAUCUUGGCUUACCAGCGCUCCUGCGCUCAUCAAACCGGCUCCUUUCCUCCAAAAAACGCCAUCCACGUCUCUGAGCUUCGCUCCCUUCUAGCUCUAAGUCGCUCUGUGCUCUCCGGCCGUCAUCCGUGGGGCGCCGCCACCCACCUCAUCCUACGCUCGCCAAACGAUCCCCCUUCUACACAUCGAAUUUCGAAGCGCAAAUUCCUCGCUCUCCUCGAAUCCUCUCCUCCUCCUUUCCAAGACCACGUACUCCAGGAACUUCUGCUCCUUCUGCUCGAGCCAGUUUUUGAACCCCGGUUCUCCCCAAAGUCGCACGCUUUUCGCGCUGGCCGCUCUCCCCACACUGUCAUUCGCACCAUUCGAUCCAACUUUGCAGGAUACCUUUGGUUCCUCAAGGUCGACCUCACUGAUAUCGCUGAUGAUUUUACUCCGGAGGUUAUUGUGUCUUGCUUGGAGAAGGCGGUUACUGAUCGGAAAGUAGUCGGUCUGGUCAAAUCGGCUCUCAGAACUCCUGUCAAGGUAGUUUCUAAAGAAGACGACAAGGUGCUCGACAAAUUGACUAAAAGAAGGAUGAAGCGAAAGAUACUUAGGAAGAGCAGGAAAAAGAAAGUCCUGAAUGAAAAUGAACCCAAACCAGAUCCUUACUGGCUCAGAACUUUCUUCAGCUUUGCUCCCGAAGAGGCUGACUGGGUUCCUAUCUAUGGCCAUUGUGGUAUCCUAAGCCCCUUGCUUGCCAACAUUUGCUUAAAUGAGCUGGAUAACUGGAUGGAAGAUAGAAUACUGAAUUAUUUUCAGCCUUCCAAGCUUGAUUCCAUAUGGAAGAACUCUAUAGACGAUGGCUCCCACAACCCAGCCUGGCCUGAGUUUGUGCCCUCAAGCGGGCCAGAGAAGACGAGGAGAAUGAACUAUGUGAGAUAUGGUUCACAUAUCUUAGUUGGUAUUCGAGGACCAAGGGAGGAUGCAGUUCAGUUAAGAAAGGAUUUGAUCCAGUUUUGUGAGAAAACAUACAGUUUGCAGCUGAAAAAUUCAAAAACAGAAAUUGAGCACAUUACAAGAGGAAUUCAGUUCUUAGAUCAUGUAAUUAGCAGGCGAGUAAUUCACCCAACGCUGCGUUAUACAGCUACCGGCGGACACCUCGUAAGCAAAAAAGGUGUUGGAACAUUGCUCUCUAUCACUGCAAGCUUGAAUAUGUGCAUCAGAAAGUUCAGAAAGCUUGGGCUUGUCAAAGGGGAUAAGGAUCCAGAGCCACUCCCUUGCAUUCCAAUGCUUUAUUCAGGCCAAGCUCAUACUAAUUCUCAGAUGAAUAAGUUACUGGAAACCAUGGCUGAUUGGUAUAAAUAUGCAGAUAAUCGAAAGAAAAUAGUGGGAUUCUGUGCAUAUGUCAUAAGAAGUUCUGUUGCUAAGCUUUAUGCUGCAAGGUACAGGUUGAAAUCUCGAGCCAAAGUGUAUAAAAUUGCUUCACGCGAUCUUAGCCGUCCGCUGAGGGAGAGCACAAGAAAUGCCUCGCCGGAAUAUUCUGAUCUUAUAAGAAUGGGACUUAUUGAUGCCAUUGAAGGUGUGCAGUUUUCACAUAUGUCACUGAUUCCAUCGUGUGAUUAUACACCAUUGCCUACAAAUUGGGUGCCUGAUCAUGAAUUAGUGAUUCGGGAGUACCUUAAGCUUCAAGAUCCUAAGUCCUUUUGUAAGCUGAGAAAGUUUGUAAAAUGUGAGGAAUUGGGUGUGCCUCAGGAGGAUGUAUCGAAGAUUGUUUGGAACUUUAAGGUUUGUGGAGUUUUUGGUAGGGAGAACCAUGUAUAUGAUAAGCAAUUUGUUAACUCCGCCGAAACUUCAACAUGUGGUAGAGAAGAAGGAAUUUUUGCGUGAAAACUUUUUUCAGCUUUUGAGUAUGAGACAGUAAAAAUGGAAGUCGCAGUGUGGUUUCGAUCACUCAUGAUUUCGGUGAUGGAGGAAACACAGAUCGCACAGUCUGCUUGUGGAUAGGUAAGAGAACAGUGGAGAUAGAAGUGAUUUUGUAAGAUAAAAACAGAGAACGAUAACUUAUGAUUUUGAACUGUCGAAGAUGAAUGCUCUUGUGAAUUUCUUCUUUUUCUUAUUUUUAUUUUUAAACAUACGGUCAACAAUUACUAUUCAAAUUAUCAUCCCUUCUACAUUAGUUCUCCUGGUUAUAGAAGGGUAUUUUCUUCUAUAAAAUAUACAUAUGAUGAGAUAUUUAGGGAUCUCUGGCUACUUAUACUUACAGUGUUCCAUCGCGAGAGUAUAUACAAUAUUAUCUGUGGUGUGUUAUCUUCUAUCAGCAUCACAUUUCACAGUUUAUCCUCUACAUACUUCGUCGGGUCACAUCUCUCGGCUUAUUUGGCCCUUUGCUUUAGAAUGCAAUUUGAGGCUAGCUCGCCUCUGGAGCAGAUAAAUUGUUCUUCUACAGGAGGACUGAGGAUGAUAGAGAAACCUUUGGUGAGUUGACGAGAUCUUCGGAUGGAUCCUUUUACGAUUCACCUUACAAGAAAGAUAUCCGUCAAGUGGUCUCUCUUAGCCAGCUACUCGUACUCAAUUGUUCGUUGAAUUGGGUCUUUGAUGGAUUGUGUCGAAAGAGCCACUAAGCCUGCUAGAACUCUUACUAGCUCAAUACAACUGCUUCUUGUCAUGCAAUUGGGCUGCAGAGUCUUUUGGUGAGUAUUUUGGUCAGUUGAUUCCUUGGAGGCACAUAUAGAUUGCAAAUUAUGCACUUUUUCAGUUACUCUUUUAUGAAGUGCCCAUCAAUUUUAACAUCCUUGAUAUGAUGACAUUGUAUUGGAUUGUGUACAAUACCGAUAACUUAUUUGUUAACACAAUAUGUU